AUGGUGUCCAUGAACAUCUUCCGCAUCCUCGGCGACGUCUCACACACUCUCUCGAAAUGCAUCCUCAUCUUCGCGAUCCACCGCAACCAGAGCACCGAGGGCGUGUCGCUCAUCACGCAGGCGCUGUACUGCGGCGUCUUCAUAACGCGGUACCUGGACAUCUUCCAGUUCAACACGGCGUGGAACACCAUCCUGAAGAUCUUCUACAUCCUGAGCAGUGUCUACAUCUUGUUCUUGAUGCUGAGGGUGUAUGCGCGCACGCGGGAGCGCGAGAAGGCGUGGAAGUUGGGGGCUGCGUGCUUGGUGGGUAGUGCGGUGGGAGCGCCGCUGAUGAUGAUGAUUUUUAAGAAGACGAGGUAUUGGGGAUGGAUGGAGAUCAUGUGGACCUUCUCCAUAAUCCUCGAAUCCACCUGCAUCCUCCCACAGCUCCUCCUCCUCCGGCAAACCACCGUCCCAACAGUAAUCGACUCCUACUACCUCCUCACGCUCGGCUCCUACCGCGCCUUCUACAUCCUCAACUGGAUCUGGCGCGAGCUGGACAUCACGGACCGCAAGCCAGACCCCGUAUCCAUCAUCUUCGGGGUGCUGCAGACGGCUUUCUACGUCGACUUCGCUUGGGUGUAUUAUAGCAGGCAGCGCGUCAAGCUCCGUCAUGGCGGGCUGGUCGAUGCAGAUGAUCUGCGGAACGGCUGGUUGCUACGCACAGUGUUCGGGCAUAAACCUCUUGUUGGACAUGUUGAUGAUGAGGAGAGCGUGCCGGCUUUGGGACGAGACAGCGAGUCUGCGCCUGGUGGUGGGACCGGUAGAACAACGUCGAAAUGGGGGUCUCGCGGGAUAAGCGUCUCUGCUGAUGAUGGGGUUCUUGCUGGGGAGAGGGAGAGGCAGAAAUCGUUUGCGGGACAGGAGUCGGGCGUUAUUGGUGGUGGGGAGGAGGUGGAUCCGGAUGCGAAGAUGAGGGAUCCGGAUGAGUUGGCGAAGAUUCUGGAUGAUGAUGAGUUUGAUGAUGAUGAGGGGGUGUUGCCGAGUGGGGGGAGCUCUGCGGGGGUAGGGAAUGGGAGUGAGUGGAGGGAUGGGGGUAGGAAGUGA